AUGUUACUCAGCAGACGAGGCUCGAUUUGCAGUGAGCGCCAUGAUGAAGAUGGCCUACUUGGCAAAAACGCCCAGUUCAUUUCAGAGCGUGUAACGUCUUCGAGAUGGCUAUUUAUUCUCAUUCUCGGAUCAUUGGCCCUAAAUGUCGUUCUUUUCUGUAUUGUUUUUCUCCAUGAUAGUUCUGAGCGUCUAUACCGCAUGCCUCAAUUAUUAUACUCUCCCGCCCAAGAUGCUAUUCGUUAUGAAGUGAAAAAGUUUCAUCGAGGUUUUGGGGAACAAAAAACAAUAUACCAAGGAGAUCCUUCUCCAGAAGUCGACAAAAUAUGGAAGAGUCUGUACAACGAAAUUGGUAUAAGCAGAUUAUCUCGAGAGCAAGCAGAGCUUCUUCCGAAUCGCACAUACCCAUUCAUGGGAGAUGACGGGUAUUACAUAGCUGAGUUGGCUGUCUUCCAUCAGCUACAUUGUGUUGUAUCGUUAUUCAAAGACUACUAUCAAACGGUCCUCAGUCCAGAAGAGUUCGACGAUGUGCAAGGCUCGUAUGGGCGUGACCAUAUUAGCCACUGCCUAGAUGCCGUUCGGGAGGCAAUCAUGUGUGCGUCUGACGUUAGUGUCAUUACUUGGCAGUGGAAUGACCAAGCAAAAAAGGCUCUAGGCCAUGGCGAUGUUCUUCACACCUGUCGAAGCUUCGAAAAAAUUCAGGAAUGGGCAGCUGAGAAUCAAGCGGUGGUGGACUUCAACGCCGAGAUCUUCGUCAAAGGCGACCCCGUUGUGGAUGGCGUUGACUGA